AUGCCACCAUGCCACCGCUUAUCGCCUGCCCAUGAGAUCAUACGCCAUAUCCGUCAGAAUGCCGAUCCGUUUGCCGUGCUCAGACUCGUCCAAGAAGGAGACCUCCUGUUGCAACGGAACCUGAACAACACUGGUAGCGAAGCUCGCGCUCUCGAUGCCGAUGCCUUUCAGCAGAGCAAGUACAAGUUGCGAGCACGACCCUGGACGAAUGUUGCAGGUGAUGGCAUCGUGUCGAAUCUCAUCACGAUAGUGUUGGCAUCGUUCUCGGCGCCUUGUGUUCACGAAUCUGCAUUUCUUGCGGAUUUUGCUGCUCAGGACACGAGUGCAUUGUUCUGUUCUCCUCUCUUGGUCAAUGCAAUGUGUGCGGUUGGAGCGUUCUCGUCAAGCCAUGCUGAGGCUCUCGACCGUCUCGCGAUCGAUGAUCUUAAACUCCGAGAACGGUUCUAUCAGGAAGCGCAGAGACUUCUCGAGAUUGAACGAGGAAAGCCAUCGGUGACAACCGUGCAAGCUCUUUUCCUUCUCUAUCUUUAUACCGGAAGCGCAGCUAUGGAUCGCGCGGGACGAGUCUAUCGUCUCACUGCUUGUGAAAUGUACAACCGCAUGAGACUGGGCACACAAUUGCUCGUGCGCUCUCCAGUCACUGACCCAAAAUCUCACGAAGCUCAACGCAAGAUACUCUCGCGAAUCGCGUGGGGAGCGUUCUGCGCAGAGAGCGUGAUGGCGUACAAUUACCUCCAGGUAUCGCUCAUCAAGAUACCCUCAGUUCCCCGUUUGUUCGGAGACCAGACUGGUUACGCGACAGAAGAGGGGAACCGCCCGCUCGGACUCGAGGAUGCACUCGCUGCACGGUGCGAUGUCCUCGCGAUUUUUUAUCGCAUUGCCUCAUACGAGCCGCGUGAACCGAAUGAUGUCGGGAGUGAGGGUGACAUCCGGACACGACAGCGACUCUACGACGCAUUGAGUGGCUGGGAACGCAUUUUGCCGCCCAAGUCUCGAUAUGCCUCGGAAUUUGCACACCACUUCCAUGUACUCAAUGCGUACUAUCACUUCGUAGCUGUAGUCCUGUGGCGCCCGUUGCAGGACAUCGAUACUACGCUGCGAGAUAACGAGAGCAAUGCCGCGAGACUUUGCAUCUCCCACUGUGAUGCACUUCUCAAGGAGAUUGACGAGAGCAAGAUUGAUCUACAAGGCGAUCUACUCCGGCGUGGCACGACAGCGGCUUUGUAUUUUUGGUACAUGGCCGCCUUCACGCUUGUCACUAUGAUAAAGAGACAUCUAGACAGCCGAGAGCCGUUGGUUCGCGUGUGUCGCUCCUUGCAUAGUGUCGCAAAAUGCUGGCCUUCAGCUUGCGUAAUACUUCAAGGCGUGCACGGCAUGUCGCAGCAGCUAAGAGUUGUUCUACCCCAGGAAGCUGCAGAGCUGUGCUUGGAAGCGGGUAAGAUGCUCGACUUGAGCGCGAGCCUUGAUAUACCUGUUAGCUGGGCCAUUCCAAGACACGCGGAUUUAAUGGAGCUACUGUCGGAUCAUGGCGCGGACACCGAGGAGCCUGCUGGUGUCGAGCUCUCCAAGUUGAUCUCAAAGUGGAACACUCUGAGCAUCGAGGCUUGA